AUGGUUCCGCACGGCACCGGGCUGCACAUCUGGGCGGCGCCGCCGGAGGCGGCCUGGGUAUGGGCGCAGGGCCUGCUGGUGUCGGAGCUGGCCUACACCAUCACCAUGGUGACGGUCAAGUGGUCGACGCUGUGGUUCUACUGGCGCCUCUUCAACGCAGAGCCGACCAUCCGCACGCCCAUCCUCGUGCUGGCCGCCGUCGUGGGCGCCUGGGGCAUCGCCAUCUUCCUCGUGUCCAUCUUGACGUGCGUGCCCGUCCACGCCCAGUGGGACCGCUUCAACCCCGUCAGCCCCAUGCCGCCGACCGACUUUAAAUGUGGCGUCGAAAGCUCAAAGUUCUUCAUUGGCAACUCGGUGCCCACCAUCGUGACCGACGCCUUCAUCGUGGCCCUGCCGGCGCCCUACGUGUGGAGGCUGCAGCUGCCCAUGGCGCAAAGGAUUGCCAUUCUCGCCAUCUUCCUGCUCGGCGCCUUCGUCACCAUCAUCUCCAUGGUCCGCUUCAACUUCAUAUUAAACGUCGACCUCGCAUCGCCUGACAUCACAUGGAACUUUUCCAACGCCAUCAUCUGGACCAAUGCUGAAAGCAACAUUGCCGUCGUCUGCUGCUGCCUCCCAUCCCUCAAGCCGAUCCUCAACCUCCUGAUCCACGGGCGGGCCUCCCUCACUACGGGCGGCGGCAGCGGCGGCAGCGGGUCCAAGCAAAAGGGGUCGGGUGGCGGGGCCGACAACUCUCUUGUGACGUUCGGGCAGGGCGGCGGGCGGCGCGUCGACAACGACGGGCGGCCGUUCGCCUGGCUCGACGACCACUCCGAGGGCGACCUGCGGACGACCAAGGCGGCCAGCGACGAGCUGGGCCGCGUCGAGCAGGGUAGGGCGCAGCAGCAGCAGCAGCAGCAGCAGGGCGCGAGCCACCAGGCCGGCAGCCCCGCCGAGAGCAUCGUCAUCACGAAGCAGUUCCAGAUGAGCAGCACCAGCGAGAGGGACGCGGCCGAGGCCGAGGCCUCGAACGCGAGCUACUACCAAUUCAACAAUCGGUGAUGGGGCUGUCUAGGAGUGGCGAACAAGGGGUCAGACUGGGGAUAGGAGAAACAGUACGCGACACGAUUCUCCUUGGGCGCACAAAAUGGGGCAUCACUACUGUAUUCACAGGGCGGGAGUGGUAUUUGUAUUAUCUGCUUAUUUAAUUCAACAAUCGA